UCACACUGUCACACUCUCUCAUCGAGACAAGACACACUCAGAGACCCUCUACUUCAGCAGUCAGAACAGUACUUUGUCACAUCAUCUGAGGUGAAGGACAAUUUUUACAACAGGCUCUUUUGGUUGGACUUCAGUGCCUCUUGACUGGACUGAAUAUUUGGGCCUGGUGCUGUGGAGCUCCAGUCUUGUCUGCUGCUUCUUCUCUGUCUCUCGACACCCCUGCUGCAGCGCCUGGCAGGAGGAAGAGACUGCUGACCCGCCAUGUUUCUCGCACUAGUGGUGACGCCAGAGCUGAGGGAGUUCCUGGCCAGAGCAAGAGGUGGAGCAGUGCGCCUCAUCAAGGUGCGCAUCCAAGACGAGCAGCUGGUGCUAGGGGCCUACAGAGAGCCGGAGAAGAGCUGGGACCAGGAUUAUGAUCACUUCCUGCUUCCUCUCCUGGACGAGCAGGAGCCCUGCUACGUCCUGUACCGCCUUGACUCACAGAAUGCACAGGGCUAUGAAUGGAUCUUCAUAUCAUGGUCUCCUGACCAGUCUCCAGUGAAACAAAAGAUGUUGUACGCUGCCACCCGUGCCACAGUGAAGAAAGAGUUUGGUGGUGGCCAUGUGAAGUAUGAGAUGUUUGGCACAGCUGAGGAGGACGUCUGCUUGCUGGGCUACCAGCGUCAUGUGUCAUCCUGCUCAGGUCCUGCCCCGCUCACAUUAGCUGAGCAGGAGCUCCAGAGGAUCAAAAUCACAGAGGGCCGGGUUAAACAGGUGAAGACAGAGAUCAGUGUGGAGUGUAAGCAUCAGACACUUCAGGGCCUUGCUUUCCCUCUGCAGGAGACAGCCAAAAGAGCCCUUCAGCAACUUGCCCAAAAAUGCAUCAACUACAUACAACUGAGGUUGGAUGUAGAGAAGGAGAUAAUCGAGCUGGUCCACUCCAACCCGACAGAAACCCGAGAUUUGCCCUGCAGAGUUCCCAAAGACACUCCCAGAUACCACUUCUUCCUUUACAAACACUCCCACGAAGGAGACUACCUGGAAUCUGUCGUGUUCAUAUACUCCAUGCCAGGGUACAGCUGUAGCAUCAAAGAACGAAUGCUAUAUUCCAGCUGCAAGAGUCGACUACUGGAGGAAGUGGAGAAAGAUUACCAUUUGGAAAUUGCUAAAAAGUUGGAGAUUGACAAUGGAGAUGAACUGACAGAGGAAUUUCUGUAUGACGAGGUCCAUCCCAAGCAGCACGCCCACAAACAGGCCUUCGCUAAGCCCCGUGGCCCAGCAGGAAAAAGGGGACACAAGCGCCUCAUUAAGGGGACAGGAGAGACCGUCCAGCCCAGCUAGAGGCGGACUAAUAUUCUCCUAUGGUCAUGCCUGCAGUUCCAGCCCUCCCCCAUUUCCCCAGACCCACUAACACCUCGUCAGGCACGGACAAGUGAUGGAUGGAUUGAUGGAUUCCCUCUGCCGUUUGUGUACUGAAACAGUUGUGAUAUAUAACAAAUAUGUUUUUGAUGGGAGUGUGCUGAAAAAAUAUCUGUCUCUCUAUGUGUUUCUGUUUCUUAUGUCACAACCAUCCUCAGACAAUGACAAAUAGAUAGUAAUAAACAAGUAUCUAAGAAAACAUUACAAGUAUAACAACAACAACAACAAAAAUCAUUCAUGUUUUUUUGAUGACUUUCUCCAUUUGGAAAAGAGUUAGACAGAUGGCCUUGUUGUUAUGAUGCUCAUCUGUCUGGAUCUUCCAUACAGUAGUUAUUAAAAAAAGAUCUGCAGUUUACAAUAUAAUAGACGUGUACUGAAUUGUAAAUGCACAGUCAGAUGUUUUAGGCCUCAUGUCUAGCCUCCAGUAUACGUUUUGUAUCAAUAAUGUUUGUAAGAAAAAUACAAUAUGAAUGGAAAUUCUAAAUAAAGUCUUGUUUAUACUGUGGUAUUAGGA